UUUGACUCUGCCUCCUGGUCGAUCCCAUGUAUCUUCUCCAGCUACUUUGGUCACUUUCCCAAAUAAUUGAGAGUUGAGACCAAGAAACCAACAUUCAUUUCUAUAAAAUACUUAUAAUAUUACUUACAAGUUACACAUGAUGAUGACAUAUCUUGCAAUGGCCUCUGCAGCAAAAUUCCCACAAGCCCAGUUCCCAAAGUCAAGAAACGUUCCUAGUAAUUUUGUUACCAAUGAUUGUAUUCUUAAAAGACAACCUUUUUUAUUCCCCCCAUUUUCUUGGAAAUCCCGUCAAAGAUUUGUCUGUUUGUUGUCCAAAUGUUGUAGUAAUAGCAAUGUAAUUGAAUUGGAUGACGAGGGUCAUGAUGUGGUGGAGAUGACAUCAUUUUCAGACAAUGGGUUGUACUCCGAAGAACUGGGAGUUGGAGUUAGAGCUGUUCAUAUGGCGUGUUUGCUUUGUCAGAGACUUCAAAAUGAUUUGGUCUUGAAAAGAAAUGAACACGUCAGCUCUAAGGAUGAUAAUUCCCCUGUCACUAUUGCAGAUUGGAGUGUUCAAGCAACUGUUAGUUGGGUGCUCUCUGAGGCAUUUGGAAGUGAUAAUGUAUCGAUUGUUGCUGAAGAAGAUGUCCAGGUGCUUUCCAAGUCAAGUGCAACUGGUCUGCUAGAAGCUGUUGUCAAGACAGUAAAUACUUGUCUGGCUGAAGCACCCCAAUUUGGACUUAAAGCUCCAGGUUCUGCCCUGGGUCCAAAAGAAGUUCUUGAGGCCAUAGGUCGCUGCAAUUCAACUGGUGGUGAUACUGGAAGAUUUUGGGUACUGGAUCCAGUUGAUGGCACUUUGGGGUUUGUACGUGGGGAUCAAUAUGCUGUUGCUUUGGCACUAAUAGAAGACGGUGAAGUUGUGUUGGGAGUUCUUGGGUGCCCAAAUUAUCCAAUGAGAAAGGAACUCCUAAACUAUCAUAAUGGUAGCUCUCCACCAUCUGACACUGGGGAUAAAGGUUGUGUUAUGUAUGCAAGGAGAGGUAUUCACAGGUCUUGGAUGCAGCCACUAUUACGUGGAGAAGAAAGAUUUGUGUGGCCAAACUCUGCAAGGCAGAUUCAAGUGUCUCCCAUUGAUGAUCCGGAAUUAGCAACAUUUUGUGAACCAGUUGAAAAGGCAAAUUCAAGUCAUUCCUUCACAGCUGGGCUUGCUCACAGUGUUGGGCUUAGGAACAAGCCAUUACGUGUAUAUAGCAUGGUAAAGUAUGCAGCCAUAGCUCGUGGAGAUGCUGAGAUAUUUAUGAAAUUUGCUCGGGCUGGGUACAAGGAGAAAAUAUGGGACCACGCAGCUGCUGUUGUUAUCAUCGAAGAAGCAGGUGGACUUGUGACUGAUGCCGGAGGCCAUCGACUUGAUUUUUCAAAAGGGAUAUAUCUUGAAGGACUUGACCGUGGUAUAAUUGCUUGUGCUGGCUCUAAACUACAUGAGACUCUCAUCACUGCCGUUGAUGCUAGUUGGAAUUCUUCUAGCUUGUGAUAUACAUUAUAUGCAUUUAACCAAUAUAAGGUAAACCUGCACUACCAAACUCAUUUUUAACUAGUAUAGAGAAAGCGUAAUUCUUUAUAACUUAACUAGUAGCAACUUUCAGGCAUCAUAAUAUUGUUUAAUACUAACAUUUAGAAGCAAUGAGUUCUCUAUUAUACUCUCUUAUUUAAAUCUCGAAAAACAAAGAGGUUUAUCAUGUUCAAGAUCAAGCUUCCACAUGCUUAAUGACUGAGAAACAUGUGAAACCAAAUCAUUAAGAAUUAGCAAUAUCUCUAUUAAUUGCUUCAACUACUUGACUAUCUUAGUUUUGUUUAUUUUACAAUUGAUCUACUCUGCUUUACUGGUUGCUAGUAGUUUGUGUCAAGAGACAUGUACAUAUAAUGCUGAGUAUGGAGUGUGUAAUAGGGGUGCGAGGGUUCACAAACUGGCAAGGAUGGGCGUUUGUGUGUUUAUGUAUAUGAAAAAUGUCAAACUAAACUAAAUCAAACAUACUCUAGUAAUGUUAAAUUAAACACAUGCAUAAAAACAAAAUAUAUAAAUCUGAGAGACACCGAAAUAUGUUAGCUGGUUUGCCCUGUGGCUUGCAUAUAAGUUGGCUUGUUUAAACUUUAGGAUGCAUAACCUUCCCCCUUUCCAACUGAUGAUGUCCUUUUGUUGAGAUGAAAUACUUGACUUUAUUCUAGACACUAGUGGUACUUCAUAUUCAAAGAAGUGGAGGGUAGUUGUGAUCCUCCGAUAAUAGUAUUGCAUAAUGUGUGACAAAGUAUACCAACUCGUUGUGAUAGUAAUGGGCAUGAAUUUAAGUAGCAGACCUACCUAUCUGUACAUAUGAACUUUAAAUUUCAAUUAUAGAUUGAAUAACCAUUUAUUUCAAUUGUCGGCCCUCCCUCUCGGAUGACCCUGUCUGUUAGCUGGUGGUUUAUUAUAUAAAAUUAGUAGAGGAUCGGUGGUACAAAACAGUACAGGUACACAGACACUGAUGCUUAUAAAAAUAUAUCUAAAACAAAUUAUUAAAGGAGGGUCUAAAAUACCACAAUGUGUCAUGCAUCCCUAUGAUGCGCAUUGCUUUGAAGAAUGCACAUUAUUUUGAUGUGAAAAAACACUCGUCAAAUAUGCUCAUCUCUUUGGAAUUGUUAUAUUUUGGAGAUAAUUUAUAAUGUAUUUCAGACUAAAAUUCUGCGCGCACACACAGAUGUAUACGGACAAUGAGAUGAAACAUUUGUAGAUAGUCAGGUCACUGUCAUCUUGCACAGAUGCUUAAGAAAAUUUGUAGAUAGCGAAGUCACCGUCAUCUUGUAAAUAUGCAAACGUGAAUACUGUUAUGUGUCACUUUUGAACACCUAGAAGGGGAGACUUUGUCACAUAAUUAUUAUUGGACCAAGUGGUUGCUUUUACCUCCCUUACCAAUAUCUACUACAUUUCAUCACUUAAUUUUGGUACAGCAAUAGUAAGAGACUAAGAGCUAAAGAGGCUCAUUCACUCAAUCAAGUUGUACCAUGCAAAAGACUUGGAACAGGGUAUGGGAUGGUGCGAUAUGUAAGUCUCUAUCAUGUCAUGCACGAGUAAAGUCUGAUACGAAAUGUACUAGAAAGUAGAACCGCCCAUUUGAUAGUAUGAGAUAGAACCCUAAUGGUGUAAACAUGGUGGAUUGAGGUAGACAAGCAUAUGGUUAGCCUCUGUCACAAAAAUUUCAUCUUUAUUACAUAGGAGAAGCAGUCUAAUUAAAGCUCCAACAACCAGCUUUGACAUUUUCAUCUUCAUAUAUGUUACAUCUAAUCACAUAUGUAUAAUUGCAGUAAAGCACAAUUUUUUGACCUAUUACUUGCUGGGGGGAAAGUAGAAUGAGCUAAAAUAGAAGGCAGUGGUUCUAAUAUAUGAAUGAUGUUCAUAGUUCUGUAUGAAUCUAUUGUGCCUUCAACUGAGUCACAAACUACCCACUAAAUUGUGAAAUUAAACAACACAGAUACGUAGUGCUACAUGUGUAAAAAGUCAAAAUAACAUGUAAAAUGGGACGAAGAGAGUAAUAAUAUGGGAAAGGAUAGUUAAUCAACUCAUUUAUCUUCUGCUCCCCUCCCCCUUCCCAUGGUCCCCCAGCGGACCAUUACUCCUUCAAAUCAGGAGAAUUGUAAAUUAUGCCCCCUCUCUGCUCACAGUUCACAGUCAAGCUAUCUACUUAAUGUGCUUUCUCUGUUCGAUUUUCUUUGAGUAUAAUAGUAGAUAAUAUGGUUUUUCUAGUGUGUGCCCAUGGGCACAUGCUAAGCACGGAAUUUGAUAAGUUUGGGAGAUUUUGAUUGGCUCUCAUAUCUUAAUAAUAGUUGACCCCUGUAAAUACACCAACCACACCAAUCAAAAUCUCUCAAACAUAUCAAAUUCCGCGCUUAGCAUGUGCCUAUGGGCACACACUAGACAAACCCUAGAUAAUAAUAAUGAUAAUAUCAUCGAUGAGAUGCGGUGUGGUUUGGUUUAUACAUAUAUUAUUAGAUGAGUACAUAAAUCUUACUUUAGAUAAUGUAGAGACUGAAAAUACUAGUUACUACUACUCAUAAUGGAGAUAUUUUAAAAAUGUGGGUGCUGACACAUAAGCAUGUCUAUUAAGUACAGUAGACCUACUUUCCUCCCUCAUAUUCAUGCUCCUUCAACUGUAAUCCAAUUCUCUCGAUCUACACAUAUCAUUAAUGUCUUUUUUCCUCUGAAGCUACCUAGCUCCCAUCCUGGUUAGCUACUUGUAUUUAUACUUCCCUCUCUUGCAUUCAUAUCAUCUGAUAUCACUAACAAACACUAUGAACUACUCUAGAAUCAUACACUUAUUCUCCCUCUUCCUCCUCUUCCUUGCUCUCUCAACCCUACCUGGAUCUGCUUCCAGGGCCCCUCCAAAGCCUGGAAGCAGCGGCAGCAGUGGUGGUGUUGGAAACUUCCCUGGCGAAGGAGGUUACGGAUUCCCUGGCAACCUGCCACCCGCAUUCCGUGGAAUUAUUGGUGCUGGAGGUUCAGGAGGUUGGGGUGGUGGCUACGGUGGUCCUAGCGGUGGCUCUGGAAGUGGAGGGACAGUGAGGCCUGUCGUGACAUGUAAAGUAAAGGGUCCUUGUUAUGGAAAGAAGCUGAGGUGUCCGGCUAAGUGUUUCACUUCUUGGAGUCGAUCCGGUAAGGGGUAUGGUGGUGGCGGCGGAGGUGGUGGAUGUAGUAUGGACUGCAAGAAGAAGUGUACGACUACUUGCUCAACCUAGUGGUGGAUGCUUAUAUACCACUAAUCACUGUAUGAUAUGAAUGGUCAUUUUGUGUAAUAUAUAUAAUAUAUAUGUUCCAGUGUUGAUGAGACGAUGAGCUAGUAUGACCUAAAUGCAUCGCUGCCAUGAAGUUUUAGUGUUGAUCUUGAUGUGAUCCAUCACUCUCUUUCCUGUUUGUGGUUCUACAUGUUUGUAAUUUUGAGUGUUUGCAAUAAUCAUCUAUAUGAUAGUUAGCUUA